UUUGACAGUUUGUUAAUGCACCAAAGUUUUAUGUUUGUUUCUCUGAAAUUUCAUUUUUAAUUUAAAUUAAAUAGUUGUAUUUUAUUAAGAAUCCUUGCAUGCAGAUAAAAGCCAAAUAAUUAUGACAACUAUGCGUGAUCAGCUAAUAUGAAUUUUAAAACCAAAAAUGUGUUGUCAUGUCUUUUUCUUCGACCCUGGCUAGGGGUUCCGCUGGGGAUUUGGGUGGCCAUCUCAGUGGUGUACUACUGGUGGCUGAUAUCCAGGAUCAGCGUCUUGGAGACACAGAACAGGGUGUUCAAGACGCAACUCCAGCUGUCACAGUCUGUCAUGAGGCAAAUGUCCGUUGAUUCUGUAACUACUUACAAAGUUCCUGUUAUUCCUGAUGCAUAUGGCACAAUUUGUGAAACAGUGCACAUUGCAUUAGUGUGCAUGGGGAAGUGUAUGAGACUCAUCACACCAAUGCUCAAGUCUCUACUUCACCACCGUCAGAAUCCCAUACAUUUCCACUUCAUUGUGGACGGAACUUCACAGCAAAUAACAAAUGUUCUCUUUGACACAUGGGACUUGCCUGAUGUAAAAUACACUUGUUACAAUGCUCAAAACCGUCUGAUGCAAGUGAGAUGGAUACCAAACAGUCAUUACUCAGGCAUCUACGCUCUGGUCAAGCUGCUAUUCCCUGACAUACUGCCCGAUACGUUGAAACAAGUCAUCGUACUGGACUCAGAUUUAACGUUCCUGUGUGAUGUUGCUGAACUGUGGACGAUGUUUAGAAAUAUGACUGAUGAACAGAUCAUAGGCCUAGUCGAAAACGAAAGCGACUGGUACUAUGCGACCUCAAAACGAUGGCCGGCUUUAGGCCGCGGCUACAACACCGGAGUGAUGUUACUAGACCUUGAAAAGAUCCGAAGAAACACUGACUGGACCACCCUAUGGCAUGAUGCGGUGAACGAAAACCUGGACACCCUGAGACAAACCACCCUAGCUGAUCAGGACGUUAUUAACGCGAUACUGAAGAAAUAUCCGAGAUAUGUGUACAAUAUUAGCUGUCAGUAUAAUGUCCAAAUGUCUACGAAGACUUUAGCGAAGAAUUGUUACGGAGAAGACACUAAUAAUGUCAAGGUGAUACAUUGGAAUUCGCCUGGCAAAUACAAUAUUAGGAUUAGAGAUGCAGAUUAUUUUAGAAAUAUACACCAGUCGUAUGUGAAUUUUGAUGGAAACCUAUUGAGGGAGAAGCUACAUAAAUGUGGGCAGACAGAAGUAGUUACUUAUAAGAUGAAUCAUUCCGACCUAUGCAUAAGUUUCCGCGCCGCACAGAGGGUUAAACUGCGCACCCAUUUGUACUACAUGGACUACAGCUACACAGACAUAGACAAUUUUGACGUCACCCUCGUUCUACAGUUGUCCAUGGAUCGAUUGCAGUUCCUCGAAAGGCUAGUCAAGCAUUGGGAAGGCCCAUUGAGUGCUGCCAUCUAUCUGUCAGACUGCGAGGUGGCGAAACUGGAAAGUUUCAUACGCGACUGGUCUGACACGCUUAGUGCGAGGCGCAAUAUCGGGUACCAUCUCGUUUUUAAACACGACUCGGUGCACUACCCAGUGAACUACCUACGUAACGUAGCUUUGGAGAACGUGAACACGCCAUACGUUUUCCUAAUGGAUGUCGAUUUCGUGCCAAUGGCGGGGCUGUAUGAACACCUGCGCUCCGCGACCAAACUUAUCAACCCCUACCCGCAGAAGAAGUGCUUAGUAGUCCCCGCGUUCGAAACGCAGCGUUACCGCGCGUCGCCGCCACGCAACAAGCCUGCCUUGCUCGCGCGGAUCGGGACCCAUGGGACCGGAGACGUGGCCCCAUUCAGGGCCCGCGAGUGGCCCAGGGGCCAUCGGGCCACUAACUACUCGAGGUGGUCCAUAGCCACUGCUCCUUACGAGGUGGAGUGGCAGUCAGAUUACGAGCCGUAUCUAGUGGUCCACCGUUCAGUUCCCAAGUACGACACCCGCUUCUCCGGCUUCGGAUGGAAUAAGGUAUCCCACAGCGUGGAGUUGCGCGCUCAAGGCUACCGGCCUGUGGUUCUCCCGGGGGCAUUUGUAGUCCACACGCCGCACGCGCCGUCGCCCGACAUCACUGCUUUCAGAGCUAAUCCACACUAUCGGAUAUGCCUCGCGCUUCUAAAACAAGAAUUCAUGGACGACCUCAAGAGAAAAUACAACGUGACAUUUGAGGAGCCAUCGAAACAGGACUCUCUAUAUUUAGGACAAGCCAAAAGCCUACUUCUGAACCAAGUAAGGGAUCUAGAUUAGCUAUAAAGAAGUCUAAUAAAAAAUGUGAUGUUGCCAAUUUAUAACCACCAAUGAGUGUUUGGGUACUUGUUUAUGGAAAGACUAGUUUUCGAAAGAUUUUUAUCUACCUUAGUUAGCGUUGAUUCAUGUAUAGAUCGUUUUAUCCACGAAGACGCGCUCUAUCAAUUUUUGGUCGAGGUAAGCGCGGGGUGCGGGUAGUUUGA